AUGGAGAAGCGUGUCCCAUACGACAUUGUCUACUGCACGAGUCAGGAGGACGAGUACCCCAUUGACGAGUUAGAGCAUGCUGCAGGAUCCGGAGGCGUGGGCGCCGCAGCCAUGCACCAGCGUUGCAAGGGCUGGCAGAGUGCACGGAAUGCAAAGAUGCCGCAAACGAUCGUGUUGCGUUUUCCUGGGAAUGUGGAGCUGACGCAGCUGGGUAUAUUGAGCCACGAGUGCAAGAUUGCUUCCAAGGUGGAGUUGCGCCUCUUUGCACUUAACGGGAAGCAGAUGGAGAUGGACCCGCCGUCGUUUCGAGCCGUCCACUUCACGAAGCUUGGUGUGGUGGACUUCAACAGCAACGAGCACUCAGACUACCGCUCGAAGGAGCGCAAGACGAUCCACAUGCAAGCGGUGGCGUACUUUGUGAAGCUACUCUUCAACAUCCCGCACCACAAUGCGCACAACGUGUUCAAUCAGGUUGGGGUGUACUCCAUCGACUGCAACGGGCGGAUUCUCACGCGCGUGCGGCGCCACUCCGACAAGGCACUCGUUCUUGGUAGCUACAGCAACAGAGUGAACGGUGGGGAGUUGGCGCCGCCCUCAAGAGGCGCGACAUUGGACUCCCCCAGAGGCUCUCCGCAAAAGCAACAGGAGCAGUUGCAGACACCGCCGCAGCCCCAGCUGCCGCCUAGCUACCUUGCGCAGCAGCCGCAAGCGUUGUCGCAUUCGCCCCCGCUGACUCCAGUGCGCGACAUCAUUCCAAGUGGAAAUGACCCUGCUGCCUUUCGCUCUGUCCGUAUUCUCGAGUUUGAGGAGUUCUUCAUCCGCCGCUCGGAGGAGCUGCUCGCAUUGAAGGAUCAAGCGGUCGCUGUGGAGGACUUUGAUAUUGCGAAGCAGUGCCGCGACCGCCUCAACCUCAUGAACCGGCGAUCGAAGCGCAUCUACCAAGUGGAGCAGGAUAAGGUUCACGCCAUCAUAGAAGAGGACUUUGAUGCGGCGAAAGAGGCCAAGCGCAUGAUGGACGCCAUGAUAGAGAGUGUGUACAGGGAUGCCCAGCUGCCGCUGCCGCGCCCGGACUUUGAUCAGUAUGCGUGCGUCGGCGAUACGUUUGAUGGGGGUCUCAUGCCCCAAGCCCUGCAUGGGGACAUGGUGGGGGUUGGUGAAGAACGCAGUAGGCAUAAAAGUCGCCGUGAUGCAAGUAGUCGUGGUGGGAGUGCAGACAGUGAAAAUGGCUUCAAUGAGGCGGACGCUUACAACAACGACGGAGACAUGGCCAUGAACGACUAUGCUGAGGAGAAUGCCGCGCCACUGGUGUCAAAGUGCGCGCAGCGGAUGGCAGACAAGGUGCGAGAUAUCACACACGAAAUAGAUACGGUGGACCCGCCGCCACCGCCGUGCGAUGACGCGGACGCUACCACGCCAAAGGUGGAGGAAGAGAAGCUGCAGGCGUGGGAGCGUUGCGUGGCGGAGGCCAUCAUGGCAACCUCCUCGGAAACCGAGGGGCCAGCUAUGUUUAAUUCCUACGUGAAGAAUACGCGUGAGGCGUUGGACCUUGUCGGCGCCGUAGGGAUGUUUACUGCUUGCUGUUUGUUUAGUAGACGCUUCAAGCUGCGUGAGGCGACGCUUGACGUGCUCAUGGGCCGAAUGCGUGAGCUUUACCCGGCACCACCUUCACUGAUUGAAGAGGCUGUGCUCCGUUUUUUUGACAUGAAUGGGCAUGGGCUGCAGGACACGCUCCCCAACGUUGUCACCAUGGCCAACGCAUUUGUGCGUAUGGUGCUGGCGGAUGAAUACAAAUGCCUCUCCUCUGUGCUUGCGCCGGUGGUGAACUUGUUGCCACGGCUACUUUGCUGCGCUGCGGACGCCAAUCCGCGCGUCCGGGAGGAGGCCUUGAAGACGCUGGCGUUGUGUAUCAAGACGCCUUCCUUGACGAACCCAACGAUUCUCACCGCGGUGCUGGCGGAGCCGGUGGACAAGGAACGGCGUCGGCUGCCAAACAGUGGCCAGCGGGUGCAGGUCGCUCGUCUGACAGUAUUCGAGCAGUUAGUGACGACCGGUCGCAUGGGACUGCGCAACCAUACGGACAGUGUGUGGACGAAACUGCUGCUUCCCUGCAUUAAUCAUCAAAGCCGUGUGGUGCGUGAUCUCGCUGUGUCCAUCACCACUGCACUCGUGCAGGAGCGCAAACUUGUGCUGACGGAGAGGCGCAUCCUUGCCAUCGAUAACGCCGCCAUCCGUGAGCAAAUAAAGACGGCUGUGGCGGAGGCAAAUCUGGCCUCCGCCCCAGCCCCAGGGGGUACAAGUGACGCUGUGGGGACGGCUGCAACUGCAGGAGCACGAGGCAGAGCAACCAGUGACGGGGAAAAGGCAAGGAGCAGGCAAACUAGGUCUACCUCGAAUGGGGUUAUCCGUGGUGCGGCGGCAUAG